AUCACUUCUUUGAAUCACAAAUAUUUUAAAAAUCAUUUAGAAGACAGCCUUUCAUUAGGAAGACCUCUUUUGAUAGAAGAUGUUGGAGAAGAGCUUGACCCUACACUGGAUAAUGUUUUGGAAAGAAAUUUCAUUAAAACAGGUUUAGCCAACAAGGUGAAGGUUGGUGAUAAGGAAGUAGAUGUUAUGAAUGGCUUCAGACUUUACAUUACUACAAAACUGCCAAAUCCAGGGUAUUCUCCUGAAAUUAGUGCUCAAACCUCCAUCAUUGACUUUACUGUGACCCUGAAAGGUCUUGAAAAUCAACUCUUAGGCAGAGUCAUUCUCACAGAGAAACAGGAGUUAGAAAAAGAAAGAACAGAUCUUAUUGAAGAUGUGACUACGAACAAAAGGAGGAUUAAAGACCUAGAAGAUAACCUUUUGUUCCGACUUACAAGCACUAAGAAUUCUCUGGCAGAUGAUGAGAGUCUAAUAGUUGUAUUGAGUAACACUAAGAAGACUGCUGAGGAGGUAACACAGAAACUGCAAACUUCUGCUGAAACUGAAGUGCAGAUCAACUCGGCCCGUGAAGAAUACAGACCUGUUGCAACUCGAGGCAGCAUAUUAUACUUCCUUAUUACUGAGAUGAGCAUGGUCAAUGUCAUGUAUCAGACUUCACUUCGGCAGUUUUUGGGGCUUUUUGACCGCUCCCUAGCCAGGUCUACCAAGAGCCCUAUAACUAGCAAGAGGAUUACUAAUAUUAUUGAACAUAUGACAUAUGAAGUGUUCAGAUAUGCUGUCCGAGGACUCUAUGAGGAGCACAAAUUUCUUUUCACGUUAUUACUUACACUGAAGAUUGAUAUACAAAGUAACAGAGUGGACCAUGAAGAAUUUCUGACACUCGUUAAAGGUGGUGCUUCUUUAGACCUUAAAGCUUGUCCUCCUAAGCCGGCUAAAUGGAUUCUGGAUAUGACUUGGCUGAACUUGGUGGAGCUUAGUAAGCUUAAACAUUUUUCCGAUCUUCUUAAUCAAAUUUCCAGAGCAGAGAAACAGUGGAAAAUCUGGUUUGAUAGUGAGAAACCUGAAGAAGAACUGGUUCCUAGUGGCUAUGGUCAAUCCCUGGACUGCUUCAGACAUCUUCUUCUUAUCAGAUCUUGGUGUCCUGACAGGACCAUAGCUCAGGCAAGAAAAUACAUCAUUGACACUAUGGGGGAGAAAUAUGCAGAGGGAGUCAUCCUGGACUUGGAGAAGACAUGGGAAGAGUCAGAUCCACGUACUCCUCUCAUAUGCUUUCUUUCUAUGGGCUCUGAUCCUACGGAUUCAAUUAUUGCUUUGGGGAAAAGGCUGAAGACAGAGACACGUUGUGUUUCUAUGGGCCAGGGGCAAGAAAUCCAUGCUCGUAAACUUCUACAGCAGACAAUGGCUCAUGGUGGUUGGGCACUUCUGCAAAACUGCCACCUUGGACUUGACUUUUUGGAUGAGUUGAUGGACACUGUAAUAGAGUCAGAGACUGUCCAUGAAAGCUUUCGAUUGUGGAUGACAACUGACAUACACAAACAGUUCCCCAUCACCCUUCUUCAAAUGUCUAUUAAGUUUACUAAUGAACCACCACGAGGGCUCAGAGCUGGACUAAAGAGAACAUACAGUGGUAUCAGCCAGGAUUUACUAGAUUUCAGUGACAUGGUACAAUGGAAACCAAUGUUGUACACUGUGGCCUUUCUACACUCCACCGUUCAGGAGAGACGCAAGUUUGGACCUCUGGGUUGGAAUGUACCCUACGAGUUUAAUCAGGCUGAUUUCAACGCUACCGUGCAGUUCAUUCAAAACCACUUGGAUAGCGUGGAUGUCAAGAAGGGCAUCUCCUGGAGUACCAUGUGUUACAUGAUAGGUGAGAUCCAGUAUGGUGGCCGUGUGACAGAUGACUAUGACAAAAGACUUAUGAAUACCUUUGUAAACAUUUGGUUCAGUGAAAAUACAUUCAGUCAGAACUUCAGCUUCUACAAAGGAUACGGCAUACCCAAAUGUACUGUGGUGGAUCAAUACCUUCAGUACAUACAGAGUCUUCCUGCAUACGACACACCAGAAGUGUUUGGUUUGCACCCCAAUGCGGAUAUCACUUACCAAAGUAAACUUUCCAGAGACGUGUUGGACACCAUCCUCAGUAUUCAGCCUAAAGAUAGCUCUAGUGGAGGAGCUGAAACUCGAGAGGCAGUUGUAGCCAGAUUGGCUGAUGAUAUGCUGGGAAAGAUUCCUGGUGAUUAUGUGCCAUUCGAA